UUAUGAGACCGACAGCAAUAUCAUCGUCUCACAAGUGUUAGUAGUCUGUGCCUUGCGGUGCUGUGCCAGCGGAAUGUUACAAAUGCAAAUUACAGAUUAAUUAUCUUUUUAAAUGUUUCUAGGAAAACUGUAGGACUUUAAACCGGUACCUAUUUAAUCGGACCUGCAAAACAGAAAAAUAGUUCUUUUGGGACAGUUAGGAUUCUUCUAAAGGAAUAAUCAUGUCUUUAGAAUUAUUAAGCAUAGCUUCCUCUCCAGUAGCUAUAGGAAGUAUAGCAUGUACUUUAUUAGUGUUGAUAUCAUAUUUAAUAUACAGAUACAGUAUUGCGGAGAAAUCUUUUGAGGAGGCUAUGGAGGAGCAGAAACGACGUACCAUUGAAGAGGAGUUGUCUCAAAAAUCUAAAAAAGUCAAAAAAGAGGAUAAGAAAUUCAAGAGAAGUUGGGCCAAAAAGAGCAAAGAUAAAACAGAGCAAGAAACUCAACCUGUUGUUCCCGAAAUAGUUCUUUCAGAAGAGAAUAAAGAAGUAAUUCCAGAAAUCGAAAUCAUUGAGCCCAAAGAAGUUAAACCUACGAAACAGAAAAAUAAGGCUAAAAAUACUACAGCUAGUCAAUCUCCAGAAAUUUCUGAGAAGUCUAAAAAAACUGCUACUGUUACUGAGAAAUCUGCUCAAGAAGGGAAAAAGGAAGUGAAGAUUUCUGAUGCUGUUGAGAAGGUUAAGCCGGUUGAAAAGCCCAAGCCUGUGGAGAAAGUAGUAACUGCAGCAAAAGUGCCAGAGAAAUCGAAAGUUGUUGUGGAAAAUGUUGUGAAAGAAGUUCCAGUUGUGGCUAGCCAAGUUCCUGCUUCUGCUGGCACAUCAAGCAAGAAAAAGAAGAAGGAGUCUGUUGAAAAAGUAGAUGCACAACAGAUGACUGCUACUAAACUCUUCACUCUGAUAAAAGAAUUUGCUUUGGACACAGAUGAAAUUCAAAAUUUGAUUGACAUCUUGCUCAACAAACAGCGAGACUCAACUGGUUGGUCAAAAGGGAAAACUGAUCCACUUGCCACAACCAAAAGAACAUUAGAAGAGAAAUCGCACUUACUGGAUCAAGAGCAAAAAACCAACCAAGCAGUCACAUCCAAAUUGAAGGAGUUAAGAGAGGAGUACAAUUUGCUCAAAACCAAGGAGAAAGCAAGUCUUGAGAAAAUCACUCGUCAACAACAGGAUUUCCAAGCGAUAAAUUUGCGUGUGAAGCAAUUGCAGGAUCAAUUAAGUGCAGAAAAAGAAAAGAACAGUUUGCUUGAGAAAGAAAAGGUUGAUAAAAAAGUUGAUGAUGAAAAAGUAAAACUGAAGGAAAAACUAUCUAAACUUGAAACUGACUACCGUAAUGCCCCUUCAAAAACCGAGUAUGAAAGUUUGAAGAAAUCUAAAGAAGAUUUACAACAAGUCAACAUGUUGCUGGUAGAACAGCACACUCAGCUUGUUAACCAACAUAAGAUAGAAGUGAAAAACUUGAAAGCACAAAUAGAAGAGGCUAAGAAACAGGCUGAGGAAAGCAAUAAAAAAAAUCCUGCUGCUUUAAAAGAAAAUCAAGCAAUGGUUGAAACUCAAAAAGCUCUUGAGGAAAAAUUAAAAGUUGAACAGAAACGUGUUACUGAAUUGGAUGCUCAAGUCAAGCAAUUGACAGCGAAGCUAACUGACUUCAACAAAAUUCAAGCAGAGCUAAAAGAGUUGAGACUUGAGAAUGAACGACUUGCGGAACAACUUGUAUCGACCAAAGAAAGAGUAGCUGGUGAUGGGCAAGAAAUAAUCCACCAAAAUGGAGAGCUGAAUGGAAAGAUACAAGAUGAGGAAGCUAUGAAGUCUUUGGCUGAGAAAGAUAAAAUAAUUAAGGAAAAAGAAAGUUUACUGGCGCAAGUCAAUGAUGAUUUAUGCAAACAAAAAGCAAGGAAUGAUGCUCUAAGCGAAGAAAUUGAAGCACAAAAGCAGAAAAACAAUGAACUACGGGAGAAGAACUGGAAAGUAGUGGAUGCAUUAACCAAUGCAGAAAAGAAUGCUGAUCAAAAAAUUAAAGAGAUUCAGACUGCAGCAGAGCAGAAAAUAUUAACUAUUGAAAAGCAAUGUGAAGAAAAACUCCAAAAAAACAGUUCUAGUUCCGAUUCUUCAGUUGAAUUAUCUGACAGACUUCAAAAAGUUGAAAAUGAAGCAGCACAAAGGCUGUUAGAUUAUAAAACUGAAUGUGAAAAAAAUAAACAGUUAAAUUCUGAGCUUAUUAUGGUAAAUUCCAAACUUAAAUCUGCAGAUUCAAAGCUAACAGACUUGGAAAAGACCGUAAAAAAUCUCAGUUCAGAAUUGCAGCAAAGUCAAUUGCACACAAGACAGUGCUUGCUUAGGAUAUGUCCUAAUGUAUCCAUUGACAGUUCUGUGCCACAUGAAAGAUGGCUUUCUGAAUUUGAAAAGCAAGCAUCUAGUUUUAUGCAAGCUACCUCAGAAAGAAAUAAUCAACAAAGCAAUGUAGAACAGCUUCUAGAAGAGAAGGAGAAAGAACUUCUAGAACAGCAAAGGCAUUAUGAAAAAGUUCUUGCUGACACAGAAUCAACUCUUCAAAGUUUGCAAGGAAGUGCCGAGUCCCAAGAAGCCUUGUGGAAUGAAAAGUUGCAUCAAAAGCAGUUAGAGUUAGAUAAGGUUUUAUCUGAGAAAAAUGCUUUGAUUGCAGAAAAAGAGGCCAUGCAGUCUACAUUCCAGCAAAUUAACCAAUUAGAAGAGCUUCAAGAGAAAUUAAAACUCCUACAAAGUACUCUUGAAAGUGCUGAAAAUGAUAGGUCACAGUUUGAACAGAAAUGUGAUGAAGUACAAAAAAAUUGUUUAAAUCUUUCUGAUCAACUAGAAAAUAAAGAAAAAAUAAUUUUAGAACUACAAAAGGAGAAAAGUAGGCACGAACAUUUAAUACAGGAAGUAGAAGAUUUGAAAACUAAAUUAGAAGAUGAAAAGAAAACAAGCAAAAACUUUUCGUCUCAAAUGAUUAAACUGAAUUCUUUAGUCAAAAUAGGUCAAGAUGCUUUAACCGCAGAGCAAGAAAUGGUAAAAAAAUUAAAAAGCCAGCUAGAAGCAUCUCAAGUGUCGACAGCAAAUGGCAAUUCCAGUACUAUUCAAAGCUCAAUUGCAAAUAGCGAGUCUCAACCAAAGACCAAGAGUUCCGACAAAUCGAAAAAGAAAUCGGAUGCUUCGGUUAAAAAGUAAGAUGAUUUGAAGAAGAGAACUAUUUCCAGACAUGCAUUUUGAAACACUGAUGUUUGUUAAUAUUAUAGACUUUACAAAGUUGUUCAUGUUAAAAACAAUUUUCUAAACCUCAAUGUUAUUACUGAAGAGAUUUAAUAUUCUUGUAUCUUGCAACAGUGCCUGAACUACCUUUUUUUUUAUUUCAUUAUUAUUUUUUUUUUUAUUUUAGUCAGACAUUUGUGGCAGCCCCAGUGUUUUAUUAACUAGAUGAUUGACAUCAUUUCAGAUAAUGAAAUGAAAUUUGUUUUACAUCAAGUAACUAAGAGACUUGAUUAAAACUGACAUAUCUCCUCCAUUAUUCGUUUUAAAAUCUAAUUUUAAUAAACAAUUUUUGAGAGAAAGUACACAGCACUUAUACUGUGGAAUAUUUGUGUCAAAUGUGCAGGAUGUUGCUUCUAUAUUUUGUACUAGUUAUUUUAUAUAAAUUAUAAUUUAUAUUAUUUAACAACAUGUGUUAAGAGUUUAUGUGUUAUGUGAUUAUGAAAUUAUUUUAGAGUUAUAAUAUAUAAAUAUUAGAUUAUAUUAAUUUUCAAUGAGAGAAUUUGAAGUACAAAAUAAAAGUUAUUUAAUACAAAUAUAUUUGUGCAUUAGAUAUUUUUAUUUAAAAUAUGAAAUCGACUUUAAAAAAGGAAAACUUUGAUUUUUCUCACCUUUGACCUUUAAAAGAUUAUGUGAAAAUAUUUUAAAUUUUUGCUUUAUUUUUACUAUUUUAUAAAAGAUCAGCAGCUAUUUUAAUUUGCUCAUGUUAUUCCUUUAAAUGCUUUUUAAUAUUUCUACAAUACUUGUGCUGUAUAAAUGUCUCAUUUUUUCUUUAAAUUCUUGAACCCAAUUUUUAGGAAAUUUCAAAUUGUGGUCAUUUAACAAAUUUUAAAAUGAAAAAUUUCCCCCCGGAAAACAAUAACAUUUACUACCUUUUUUGUUGUAUAUUAUCUUCUGAACAUUUUGCAUCUGAUAGUGUUUACAAAAGGGAAAAUACAUGGGACCAAUGUUUAUAUAUACUUUUAAUAUAAAAAUCUGUUUUGUACUGUACAACUAUGUACUUAAGUCUUUUGUAGUACUUUGUUGUGAAUAUGAAUUGUAAUUUGCUGCGUAAUUAUAAAAAACUCAAGGUUGCAACGCUGGCAGUGUAACCUCAUUUUCCUUGAAACAUGCUUGCUUUGUUGUUAUGGAAUAAAGUUUAUUAUUCAUAA